GAAGUCACCCCCUGCCUGGUGACCAAGAUGAGAUGACCAGCUAGCAGGCCUGUGGGAUUUAAAGGGCUAACACCUGUGCUGGUGUCACCUGACAUCCACUCCACCCCCCACAGCAAAACACGCCCCACUCAGUCCCCAGGGCUCCAGAAUUGAACUGGGAGGGCUCAGAGGACAUGGGGCCAAAUGUCCCCCAGCCUGGACCAGACUCACCUGUGCCUCUCUCUCCCCCACAGACGGAGCCCGUGGCUGGCGAGGCUGCCGAGCAGGGCCAGGCCGAGCCCUGCCCGCAAGGACGCCCGAGCCCCCCACCUGCCGGCCUCACCAUGACGUCGGAGCCCACGUCACCCCCUGUUGUGCCCCCACUACAUUCCCCCAAGUCCCCCAUCUGGCCCACCUUCCCCUUUCACAGGGAGGGCAGCCGGGUCUGGGAGCGGGGCGGUGUCCAGCUCCGGGACCUUCCCAGCCCGCUACCUACCAAACGGACCAGGACUUACUCGGCGACAGCCCGCGCCUCAGCUGGCCCGGUGUUCAAGGGUGUCUGUAAGCAGUUCUCCCGGUCACAGGGACACGGCUUCAUCACCCCGGAGAAUGGGUCUGAGGACAUCUUUGUGCAUGUGUCUGACAUCGAGGGCGAGUACGUGCCUGUGGAGGGGGACGAGGUGACCUACAAGAUGUGCCCCAUCCCGCCCAAGAACCAGAAGUUCCAGGCCGUGGAAGUCGUCCUCACCCAGCUGGCCCCUCACACCCCCCAUGAGACGUGGUCUGGCCAGGUGGUGGGCUCCUAGGCUGGUGGUACCAGUGCCAGCUGGCUGGGUGGGCAGUGGGCACCAAGCAGGGUUGGUGGGCAGCAGCCAGCCCCACCGUGUCCCCACUGCCCCGGGCCACCUGUGUGCACGUCUGUCUGUGUCUGUGCUUGUGGCCGAGAGCGUGUGCCUCCACCAUCCCUGUGACCUGUGACUGCUGUGGUCUGGCCAGGUGCUGGGCUGGGGGGGUGUCACCAGGCCGGCCUCCGCUUCUCUGCUGUCCCUCCCCGCUUCACACAUACACACAGGCCCCCUCUGUCCACCUAUCACUGAGCCCAAGAGCUGCGUUAGGCCUGGCUGGGGUUCGAGGGAGCCAGUGUGACCCUUGCCCCAUAGUCUUCCCCACCCCCUUGCCCCACUCAGGCCCAGGCCCUAGCUCAAGGCAGACUGUUGUACUCUUCAUGUCCCCAAGCUGGGCUGGGGUCUCCCUGUGGUCUCUGGAAGAAGCCAGGCCUGCCUUCUCUCUCUCCAAGGACACUGGGGACACAAGGGGGUGGGGAGUCUUGAGAGGCCAGGUACCUCUUUGGCUGGACAGUGACUUCUGUGAACCCCAAACUGAAGCUGUGUUCCCUCACCUUGGACAUGUGAAAGGUGAGGUCUGCAGUGGGCUGGGGCCCAUCUCCCAGCUGGGACAAAGGCCCUGGCUCAGCUGUGCUCACUGCUGAGGACUCCUGGGCAGACGCCUGUCCCUCCAGGCAUUGCUAGGCGGGGGUACCGUAAGGAGACCACUGGCUCCCAUGCUUGAAAGCAGCCCAGUGUGUGGCUGGACUUCCUGUGGGCAAUGAGGUACAUGUGCUCAAGUGCAUGCAGUCCCUCUGGGGCCCAGGGUGACCUGGCCUGGAGGCCAGGAUGGAGUGGCCCAGUCCCUGCCCUCUCCUGUCCAAAUCGUGUGUGGGUAGCACUGGGCUCCAUGGGGUAUCCAACAGAAAUGGGGUGCCUGCCCCCCCCCAGGGGGUGGUCUUGACCUCCCCACACUCAUACUUUGCCCCGCCUACACACUCGCUUCCAGGGAGCGCAUCACCCAAGGAAGGGGAGGAAUGGGGUCGCAGCCUCCAGGGGCCUCCAAAGAAGGUGGUGACUGAAGGAGACCAGUCUGCGAAACACGGUCUGUCUGGGUGCCCAGAACACGAGUCUGUGACUGUCUGGAGGGAGGGUCCCCGGCAUGUACGAGCCUGAGCACCCCAAAGUCAAGAUCAACUGGGAUGUCUACAACCGACCCAGGACUGCAGAGAUGUGCUGGCCAGACCCGCCCCCACCUGCCUGCCACCCUGCUCCGCUGGGUCUCCAGGGGGCCAGGCCAGGAGUGUCCUUGAGGUACCCAGACACCCUGGGUCCCUUGGUGGGAGCUACCCUGGUGCCAGGUCACUCCUGGGGCUGCCCCAGCUCCAGCACAGGCCCCAGGGGCAGCUGGGGUGGCAGCAGUGUUCCCCCACCCCCAACAUUGUCCUGUCAGAAACCCUCCCUUAGCAGCCAGGACCCCUUGGUCCUUCCUAACACUGGCAAUAAACCCAGAACUGUGACUCACCCCGGACCCCCAGCUGCCUGUCUGUCCGGGUUCCUGGGGGAGGCUCGGUGGAGGCCCAGGCUCCCUGGGCAGUAUAGGCAUGUCUCUGCUGAGAUGCCCUGUAGGACCUGUGACCCAGCCCAUCAUCUGCUAAGACAGUUCUGAUGACACCACAAUACUUUGUUCCAGAAACUUUAAUACUCGUGACAAUAAAGUUCUCUAAAACACGC